AUAAUCGCCCGCUGCCUGUGGGCAUUGGCGGCUACAGGAUACCGGCUUUCAGCGCAUUUUGACAGUGGAGUCAGCGUGGUGGGAAGAUCCAGUCUGCAGGAUGGCUGGCUAUAUGGUCGGAGGGUGGACCUGUCGGAUGGGCAGUGGAAGGAAUUCAGGCAGAGCAUGCCAGCCUUGGCUCUUGUGAUGGGGGCAUUCGUUGCAAUUUCAAGACUGCUCCAGAGCACCAGGCCCACCUCCCGAGUGCUAUUCUACAUCGUUGCAUCUGUGAUCUUUGCAGGCCUGCCACAAUUUGGGCAUUCAACAUCGCUGCUCUGA